AUGGAACAACAAACUGAUAAAGAACAGAUGGAUAAAGCAGAUCAUGAAAGAGGCCUUGGUGUAUUAAGUGAUUUUCUCUUUGGAAUUCAUCACAAGGAAGAUGAGGAUGGGUUCAUGGAUAUCGAAUUUAAAGAUA